AUGCCUCUACAGAAUGCUCUUUUGCGUGCAUACGUUGAAUAUGUCCAUCCGUACAUGCCGUUGCUGGAAUUGCAUGACUUUCUGAACAUGAUCAAUGCGCCUGACGGACGAAUGGGCCAAGUCAGCCUCUUUUUGUACCAGGCUGUCAUGUUCUCUGCAACUGCAUUUGUCAAGUCAAAGUAUCUCAGCGAGGCGGGCUUUGCCAGCCGGAAGGCUGCAAGGAAGGCCUUCUUCACAAAAGCAAGGCUCCUCUAUGACUUCGACUAUGAGUCCGACCGCCUGGUUCUUGUUCAGGCUCUGUUGCUUAUGACCUACUGGUAUGAGACGCCCGAUGACCAGAAGGACACAUGGCAUUGGAUGGGUGUUGCCAUCUCACUGGCACACACUAUCGGCCUCCAUCGCAACCCGGCGAACGCCAACAUGAUUCCGCGCAAGCAGAAGCUGUGGAAGAGGAUCUGGUGGUCAUGCUUUAUGCGCGAUAGGCUCAUCGCUCUCGGCAUGCGACGUCCGACGAGGAUAAAGGAUGAGGAUUUCGACGUGCCGAUGCUCGAGGAGAGUGAUUUCGAGAUCGAUGUCCUUGCAGACGACAAUAAUCUCCUGCCCCCGGAAUGCACUUUCAUCCGCGAUAUGGCGAUGCAAGAGGAACUUGCGCAGCUGUGUGUGCAGAAAGCCAAGUUAUGCGUGCUGAUCAGCCACAUGCUCAAAGCCCAAUACUCUGUAUUGAUCCGCGACCGAACUCGUCCAGAGAACACCACGAACAGCACCAUGAUGCUCUUCCCGAACAAGACGCUCGACAAUAUUGAUAGCGUCAAUAGUGUUGACUUUGAGCUCAGUGCCUGGCUUGCUGCUCUCCCACCGACAUGCCAGUACCGCCCGUUGACGCCAAUGGACAUCGAACAUGGGAGGUCGACUCUUGCAGUUCAGAGAAAUCUGCUGCAUAUGGUCUACCACACAACACUUUCAGCCUUGCAUCGGCCACAAUUUCUGCCAUCUCACCCGCUUCAGGCACCGACUGUAUCUCAGCAGGUGCAGGAGAUGUCACGCAUGAGGGUGAGAGAUGCCGCCACUCAGAUUACUCGCAUGGCAGCCGAGCUGCACCGCUUGCACCUUGAGCGAUACCUCCCCACCACUGGUGUCACUGUCAUCCUUCCGGCUAUGAUCAUUCAUCUGCUCGAGAUGAAGAACCCUGUCCCGGAAACCCGCGAGAAGGCGGAGAAGGGCUUUGAGCAGUGCAUGCGAGUUAUGGUCAAGCUUCGUGAGAUCUACGCCGCAGCAGACUUUGCCACGGGCUUCCUUGAUGCAGCGCUACGAAAGGCGGCCAUUGAGAUGAACGCAGCCACUGCGUCGGCUGCUAUGGCGGCUGCGGCUGCUCGCCCGACAAUCGUUAACGGUGUUGCUUUGAUUCACCCAGAAAUGUCCACGCCGCCGCCCGAGAACGCGCCGUACCUGAACUCGACAGAGACGGACGCCUUUCAUCAAAAUCGCUCGUACAUGUCCAGGGCUGUAGACACGCAGCUAACUCCGGGCGUUGGAGGACAUUCGCCGCCGCCAACGGACCAGGAUAUGGACUCUCAGAUCGACAUGACCCCUUCAGCAAGCGGGUCCUCGGACGCUGCACCGAUCGAUAUGGACAUGGACCUGAUCGGCCACAAUGAGAUCGAUUGGAACGCUGUCACGGGUGGAAACUUUGACUUCGACCAGUGGCUCCAGUUCCCGGCCGAGGGCGUCAACAAUUCAGAUGACACCUUCAUGGGCAUGUUUGGUGGGGCUGGUGGUAAUGCGAAGACGGCCAUGAACUGGGCUGCGCAGGCCAGUCAGAUGGAGAUCGACAAGCCCGACACCACAAACGGGAUGUCUAUCACGGCGCCGGCUUGA